CCGACCUCAGGCUUUCCUCCCCACUCAAGCACACCUGCCAAGAAGAAAACCCAGACUUGCUUUUUCUGGUAUCAUGAGACCUGUGCAAACACGGGGCCGAAAUGUCAUCUGUUGCAUGCCCUGCUGGCUGGGUAUGUGCAGCCGCCGAGAGGAUAUGUGCACAGAGCGGUUUGCACCAGAGAUUGGUGUCCUGGCGACUGGAUGUGGGAGCACGAGGAAGGGAUGGGUGAGUGUGAGAGGCCGUUGGGUGAGCCAUAUGGUCAAGUGGAAGACAACGAAGACGAGCACGAAGCUCAAGCAGAGGAUGAGGACGAGCGACGGGUCAACGACCGGGAUGAUGACAAGUAUGAGCGGAUGCAUGGGCUUGAGCGUGCCAGAAAGAAACGCGAGAUUGACGAGUGCUGGAAGAAGCAUACGCAGCAGCAGCAGGAAGACGGCGACGAUGAGCAGGAUGAACGGGAUGAACAGGAUGAGCAUGGGGAAUAUGGAAGUGAUGAUGUGGUCAUGGGAGAUUGCGACAGCGAUCUGGACCUGGGUCAUGAGGAAGGCGAGAUCAACGAGGUUGACGGAGAGUGGUACAUGGAGGGCGCUGCUGAUGCUUGAAACCAACCAACUCUUUCUCACAGGGUUUAACGGCUGUUCCACUGGACGGCGCGAUUUGAUAUCUCCACUCUUGCUUUCGAUUAGAUAGUCGGUUUGUGCCCUUGGAGCACAAAGCACAAAUGAU